CAGAGUGCAAGCUUCACCGAGGCAGAGUAAGAGGCAGACUCGGUGCUUCUCAGGGUUCAGGCAAGUGGGAUCUCUGCAAGAUUUUUUCUCUGCAUCUGGUUUAUUGGGAAAUUAGAUGUGAGCAGAGAAAAAUCUCUGACUCUUUCAGCACGGACAACUGACCCUCGCUCCUGUGCUGCAUCCAUGACUUUGCACACCUGGUUAGUGUAUGGACUUGGAUUUAUUUUGGUUUGGCUGCUCUGUUUGGCACAAGUCCAGGGUCUGCAGUGUUAUGGCUGCAACAUUAUCCAUGGUCAGAGGUAUGUGGACUUGGGCUGCUCUAACCCAGAGGUCAUCACUUGCACCCACUCACACAAUGGCUUCAAACACCGUUUCUGCAUCAAGACAGAAAGCACGGCUCUGGGUAUCGCCCUGACCAGUGGCUGUGCGACAUCCAGACACUGUCAGCAACAAGAGCUGCCGGGGGUGCGAAUUCACUGCUGCGACUCCGACCUGUGCAACAGCACCCCGCUGUGGCAUCCGAGCACACUCCACUAUGUCUGUGCACUGGGUGUCCUGCUACUGAGGAUAUGGUGGUGAUGAGAAACUAGAAUCGGGACAAGCAUCACUGGAUUGCGCAUCUCACAGGCUCAGUGAGCGUGUUAUUCAGUGUGGUGUUGCUUGAAAGCAGCUCUUAGAGAUAGGUUCUGUCACGUUGUUGGCUUGGACUAUGAAUCACAGAGAGAAUAACCCAUAAACAUGUUUGAGGAAAAUAAUUAUUUAACAUCUUCCACCCAUCAGAGAUCUUCUUGUGCACUUUCACCUAUUUAAAUGUAGCGUCAAGUAUGUCAUUUUCUAGAACAUUUAUGUUAGAGUUUUACUGUCUGUUCAGUAAAAAGAAGAUUUAGCCCAUUUGUGUUCAAAACUGGUAUUCUGCAUGUUUUAGUUCUCUUCCUGGUCCAGCACAUCUGAAUCAAAUGAUGAGGAUUAGGAGGCAUGUGCAGAACUUUGAAAUGCCGAGGAGGUAAUUGGACCAUUUGAAUCAGCUAUGCUGGAGCAGAGACAUAUCUAAAACUGUUAGGACCUUGGCCCUUGAGGACUGGUGCUGGACACACAUUAUUAACCCAUAAAACAUUUAAAUAACCCAUAAAUAAUUAAUUAAAAAAACAUCACCUGAAAAUAAACAAUGAAAAACAUAAAUGACCCAUAAAAAAUUACCCAUGGCAAUGCUGAUUUCAGCUUUACAAAGUCUUACUUCUACUUGAAGGCCUAUCUUUUUUCUGUUUUAAGGAGUUUGCUAUAUUUUUUUCAAGAUCAAAUAUAUGUUUGGUCUGGUCUUUUAAUGUUACGGGCUAUUUACUUUACACAUUAAAAUAUAUAUUUUUUUCAGUUUAUGUUACAGCACUGCAGGCCAGCUGGUGGGAAGCAAACUAUAUGUAAGUCUUCUGUGAAAUGUAUGUUAGUGAAAGCAUGUAAUAUUGUGAAUUACAUCAAUAAAUGUUUCAUAUUUUUCAAAAGAAA